UCUAGAACGGGGGUUUUGGUUUGGACAUGUCAGGUUGUCUUUUACACCCCCCAUCUCAGCAGGCCUGCAGUUGAGUUGGAGACGUGGCACUGUGGGGGUGGGGGCCAGACUGAAGUCUGAACGCUACAGUAAGAAACUUUAACAGGACGUUUGAGAGGGAAACUGAAAAAAAAAAAAAAAAGUCCAGCUUUUUCUUCUGGACGUACUAGCAAACAAUGCUUCUAUUCAUGGAUAUCCUGUUUGGUGCAGCUGAAAAAGGGCGCUUAGAGCUUUCACACAGCAUGAUUUCAUCAACGAAAUAAUUACAUUUAUUUCUUUUGAUGAUGCUGAAAUCAAAGCAAAUGACCAAAAAGCAGUCUUUUUCUCCCUCUUUGCUUGUGGGAAAGCUUUUCCCUUCAGAUCCCAGAUCAGCCUGGACGAGUCAACUCCCUCUUUGAGUCCACCCUGCAAUUCCAAAAAGGGGGACGUCCCAGCUCUCCGCUUCCUGAGCAGACCCAGCCACCCUCAUUUGAAUACCCCAUUCCCAUCUUCUAGAAAUUUCUCUCUAAGGAUAUAUAGAGCUGGAGCGCUUCAUGCAGCUAUGCCACCCCACGGACACAACACAGGAGGGACGCCCUGCGAAUCUGUGCCAGAGAGAAAAUCGCAGACAUGAAAACAUCUCCAGGCUGCUGCUGCUGCAUUUGGAGACAGACAGGAUGUGGAUGACAAGCAUUGUUGCUCUUUUCCUGCUGGCCUUGGGAGCCUCUGCAGAAGACAAGAAGCUAAGCGUUCAUGCCACAACUUUGGCUGAUAACAGUGCCAAUCUGGCCUUCAGCCUUUACCAUAGUAUGGCAAAGGACAAGAGCACAGAAAACAUUGCCAUUUCUCCUGUGGUGGUGGCCUCCUCCCUCGGGAUGGUGGCUCUCGGUGGUAAGGCCUCCACCGCCUCCCAGGUGAAGACGGUCCUCAGCGCUGAUAAACUGAAGGAUGAGCAUCUGCAUUCAGGCCUGUCAGAGCUCCUCUCUGAAGUGAGUGACACCAAGACUCGUAACACCACCUGGAAGAUCAACAACCGCCUGUACGGGCCCAGCACCGUCAGCUUCGCCGAUGACUUUGUGAAGAACAGCAAGAAGCACUACAAUUACGACCACUCAAAAAUCAACUUGAGGGACAAGAGGAGCGCGGUGAACUCCAUCAACGAGUGGGCGGCCAAGUCGACGGGCGGCAAGCUUCCCGAGGUCACCAAGGAGGUGCAAAACCCAGACGGAGCCAUGAUCGUCAACGCUAUGUUUUUCAAGCCUCACUGGGAGGAGAGAUUCCACGAGAAAAUGGUCGACACCCGUGGUUUCCUGGUGACCCGCUCUUUCACCGUAGGGGUUUCGAUGAUGCAUCGCACUGGUCUGUACGACUUCUAUGAAGACACAGAGAACAAACUCUUCGUGCUGAACAUGCCUCUGGGCCAGAAGCAAGCCUCCAUGAUCCUAAUCAUGCCGUAUCACCUGGAGCCCCUGGAUCGUUUGGAAAAACUGCUGACAAAGAAGCAGGUGGACACUUGGCUCAGCAAGAUGGAGAACAGAGCUGUCGCCAUCUCUCUCCCUAAAGUCUCAGUGGAAGUCAGCCACAAUCUGCAGAAAUACCUGGCAGAACUUGGCUUAACUGAAGCUGUGGACAAAUCCAAAGCUGAUCUGUCCAACAUCUCAGGGAAGAAAGACCUCUACCUUUCCAAUGUUUUCCACGCUUCAGCUUUGGAGCUGGACGUGGAUGGAAACCCGUAUGACACUAGCAUUUUCGGCACAGACAAGCUCAGGAACCCCAAGCUUUUCUACGUAGAUCACCCAUUCAUCUUCCUGGUGAAAGACAACAAAACCAACUCCAUCUUGUACAUCGGUAGAGUGGUUAGACCUAAAGGAGAAAAGAUGCGUGAUGAGCUAUAAUAUACUUUUUUGUUGCUGUUGUUUUAAAAUUGCUGGGUAACUUUAUUUUUUAUGUGAAACUGUGUGCAAGUGUGUGUUUUUGUGGUAUGAUUGCUACUUUAACAACACAUUCCAUCAGACAACUUAAUUUAAUUUUUUUUUUUUUAUAAAAUGAAUCUCUUGAGACUUUUCAUGAACAGCAGUUGGCAUAAAGACAUACUUAUAUUAAGUAUGUCUAUGUUUGAACAUCCUCUUUUUGUCACUGUGGCUUCAAACCAAUACAUGUGCGUUUUCUUGCAUUAUCUUUAAUGUUUAAAGAAGAGAUCUUUGCACAAGCUUGUUUUACAGCUCCUUCCAACUAUUGUUCAUUGCAUGUUCUGUCAGCUUGAACUUGCAGUGGAAAGGUGCUCCUUAAUUGAUUCUCACAUUUCACUCAUGCUCUGUCAUUUUGUUGCACCCGUUGGACUUAUGUGAUAAUGUAAGAACACGUUCAUCUUUCUUUUUCAAUAAAAGUGAGAAAAAAUA